AUGGCCUACGAUUUGAUCACACGUCAUCCAUUUAAGGGAAUCUGGGCUCUAGGUGCCAUCACAGUAAACGCUGUCAAGUUGCCUAUCUGGAUCUUUUAUUAUUCAUUCUCAUCGAAUCGACAGCAUCCAAAAUGGAGCUUCAAGCAAGCCGUAGCCGCUGUCGCACUGAAAACUGCCGUUUGGCAUACAUCCAUGGUACAGGUCUCCACGCCUUUGAUUAUAAAGGCAGAGGGUGAAGAAGAAGGGUUUCUUGUUCCAAUCAAGCCAUCUUCCAUAUCAGGAGUUUACAAGGGAAUCUGUGAUGAUAAGGAAAUAAAACCUGCAACGAUUUGUGGCUAUUGGUAUCCCUCGCCUUACAACGCCGAUGAGGAUAAAACCAAGAAGAUUGUACUUCAUUUUCAUGGUGGAGCUUUUGUCACUGGUGACUGUCGGCCUAAAAAAUCUGGGUAUGCGGCCGAUCUUCUCACUCAGCACAUCGGGAAGACGUUAAUGGUCUCUUAUCGACUUUCUUCGAACCCUGACGGUCGCUUUCCUGCCGCGCUUCAAGAUGCUGUCACAGCUCUCCACUAUCUCCAAGAUCUAGGGAUUGAACACUCCAACAUUAUCGUCGGUGGAGAUUCGGCAGGUGGCAAUAUUGUUGCGGCAUUGUUGAGGUAUCUUGCUGUUACAGAUGCGCCUGGUCCUGCAGCGGCACUUUUGUGGUCUCCCUGGAUUGAUCUUGCAAGGACUCUUACUCCAGAAGUGUUGUAUGAAUCUCCACACAGAUUUACAGAUUACAUUCCUGCCAAUUUCGCGAUCUGGGGAGCCAAUUCCUAUUGUCCCAAGAAUGGUCCAGUCAGCAUGGACUCUGAAUGGAUCAGUCCUGCAAAACAUCCAUUCUAUACAAAGACACCAAUGUGGAUCCAAGGCAAUGGGCAAGAGGUUUUGCUUGAACAAGUCAAGGACUUUUCAGACGGAAUGAAGGGUAUAGAAGGUAACAAGAUUGCUUUUCAUAGUGAGGAAAUUGCGAGUCAUGAUAUUUUGCUGGUUGGAAAUAUUACUGGAUUCGAAAAGGAAGCAGUCAAUUCUGUGAAGGCAGCAGCUGAAUGGCUGAACCAACUAUGA